GGACGCUGCGGAUGCACCUCUUCACGCUCCUCCAAUUGGCCUGCCUGGCCGUCCUGUGGGCCGUCAUGUCUACCGUGGCGUCGUUGGCCUUCCCCUUCAUCCUCAUCCUCACCGUGCCUCUCCGCUUGUGCCUGCUCAGCCGCAUCUUCACGGAGCGGGAGAUGAAGUGUCUGGACGCGGCCGAGGCGGAGCCCAUCUUGGAUGAGCGAGAAGGGGUCGACGAGUACAACGAAAUGCCCAUGCCGGUCUGAGGAAACAAUGCCGAAACCAGCGGAGGCCGCCGCUCCCCGUCCCUCCCGCUUCCGCCGC